AUGUAAUUACUUCUUUUUUCCCGGCGCUUGGAUAAUUAAAUACAUACUCUGCUUCUGCUUGCACUUCCGUUCUAGGGUUCUUCACAGCUUCUUCACAGCUUCUUCGAACUGUAGUAGAAAUGGGUGACAAGAAAAAGAAAGCUACAAUGUUCAUACGACUCGUAUCAGCUGCUGGGACUGGAUUCUUCUACGUCAAACGAAAGCCAACCAAAAUAACAGAGAAGCUCGAGUUCCGAAAAUACGAUCCUCGGGUCAAUCGACAUGUCUUGUUUACAGAAGCGAAAAUGAAGUGAAAGGAGGGAGGAAGUAAAGACCAUCCUUGUAACUUGGACCUAUUCUUCUUCCAAAUGUUUAGACUCAUGUUUCACAUUGCUAGUCUCUCCUGUGGCUCAUCAAAGCAUGAUUUUUGUGCAUCAAAUUCUAUGGCUACGAAUCGUUUGCCCCUUGAUAUCUUCUA